AUGCCGGAAUGCCCGUACCCACUGCUGGGUAGAGACUUGCUACAGAAGUUACAGGCCAUGAUCUCUUUCAUGGAAGUGCAUACUGAACUGACUGUUGGGUCAGCCCCACCAGCCAUUCCACUCACUUUCCCAUUGUCUGAGGAAUACCUUUUGCUAGAGAAGCCCCUAGCAAACUCGCCGGGGGGCUUGCCUAAAAACUCCCUGUUAACUGAAUUGCAACAAAGGAUUCCUGGUGUCCGGGCAGAGGCAAAUCCCCCCAGUCUGGCAGCACAUCAUCUUCCUAUUAUAGUGACUCUGUCCAGCUCAGCUACUCCAGCCCGGAAAUCGAAGUCUGAUACAGCUGCUGCAGCUGUGCGUCAGUUAAAUCCACACAUCCGUGUGAUGAGUCGUCAGGACCGUGUGAGCGCUGACACAGAGCAUAUCUAUGGUGACGACUUCUUCCAAAACCUGGACAGUGUGGAUGCCCGCAUGUAUGUGGCCCAUCGCUGUGUGUUCUACCGUAAGCCACUGCUGGAGUCAGGCACAUGGGGCACAAAGGACAACGUCCAAGUGGUUAUCCCAUUUUUGACAGAGUCAUAUAGCUCCAGCCAAGACUCUCCUGAGAAGCCCAUUCCCACCUGCACGCUAAAGAACUUCCCCAAUGCCGUUGAGCGCACCCUACAAUGGGCUCGGGAUGAGUUUGAAAGCCUCUUGAAGCAGCCAGCAGAAAAUGUGAACCAGUAUCUCACAUGAGUUAUCCCAUUAGACUCUACAUUUAUGGAGCGCACACUAUAGCUGGCAGGCACACAAACCCUGGAGGUGCUGGAGCCCAUGCAGCACAGCCUGGUGCUGCAGCGGCCAUGCACCUGGGCCGACUGUGUGACCUGGCCUUGCCACCACUGGCACACCCAGUACUCCAGCAACAUCCAGCAGCUGCUGCACAACUUUCCUCCUGACCAGCUAACAAGCUCAGGAGCCCUUUUCUGGUCUGGGCCCAAACGCUGUCCACACCCGCUCACCUUUGAUAUCAACAAUUCCCUGCAUCUGGACUACGUGAUGGCUACCACCAACCUGUUUGCCCAGACCUAUGGGCUUCUGGGCUCCCGAGACAGAGCUGAUGUGGCCAUACUCCUACAGUCCGUGAAGGUCCCUGAAUUCACUCCCAAGGCCGGCCUCGAGAUCCAUGUCUCUGACCAGGAGCUGCAGAAUGCUGAUGCCUCUGUCGAUGAUACCUGCUUGCAGGAGCUCAAAGCCAUGCUGCCCAGCCCAGAGAUGCUCCCUGGGUUCAAGAUGUACCCCAACAACUUUGAGAAGGAUGAUGACAGCAACUUCCACAUGGAUUUCAUGGUGGCUGCAUCUAGCCUCCCAGAAAAUUAUUACAUCCCCCCUGCAGACCGAUAUAAGAGCAAGCUGGUUGCAGGCAAGAUCAUCCCAGCCAUUGCCACAACCUCAGCAGCUAUAGUUGGCCUUAUGUGGCUGGAGCUCUACAAGGUGGUACAGGGACACCAACAGCUUGAGUCCUAUAAGAACAGCUUCAUCAACCUGGCCUUUCUCUUCUUCACCUUCUCUGAGCCCCUUGCUGUGCCUCAUCACCAGUACAAUAACCAAGAGUGGACAUCGUAGGAUCGCUUUGAGGUACAGGGCCUGCAGCCUAAUGGUGAAGAGAUGACCCUCAGACAGUUCCUCAACUACUUUAAGAGAGAACACAAAUUAGAGAUCACCAUGCUGUCCCAAGGAGGGUCCAUGCUCUACUCCUUUUUCAUGCCAGCCACCAGACUCAAGGAACACUUGGAUCAGCCAAUUACAGAAAUCGUUAGUCGUGUGCCCAGACGAGCGUUGGGCCAGCACGUGCGGGCACUGGUGCUUGAGAUGUGCUGCAACAAUGAGAGCGGCGAGGACUUUGAGGUCCCCUACAUACGCUACACCCUCUGCUGAGCCCUCUGCUCUCCUGGUCCUCAUCCUCAGGCUUCUUUCAACACAUCCCUAGUAGCUGUGGCGGAAGCUGA